AUGUUCGUGCCAUUCAAGUUGAGUCGAGGCGUACUGAAGACCUUUGCCCCUCCAAUUCCUCAAGCAUACGCCUGGGCUGCAAAGUAUGUCCCAACCAUCGAACGUCCACUUUUAGAUAUGGCCCAAGGAAGUCCUGGAUAUCCGCCAUCGAAGGACCUACUGGAUGCGUUGAGUCUUGCAGCGUUGCAGCCUUCAAGUUCGCGAUACUCUAGCGUGCUUGGGGACGUGCCUUUGAGGCGUCUCCUGGCUAAGGAUAUGGAGAUUGUCUAUGGGGAAGGAACUGAGAUUGUAGCAGGUGACAUCGCAUUGACAGCAGGCUGUAACCUAGCCUUUGUAGCUGCGGUGAUGAGCUUGGCUGAUGCUGGCGACGAAGUCAUCCUUCCAACACCUUGGAUGACCUUGGAUUUAUUGGGCGUACAGACCGUUUCGCUACCCACAAACGCUGCAGAGGGUUUUCUGCCUUCUGUGGAAGAAUGCGCUAAGUUGAUUACCCCGAAGACCAAGGCCAUAGCGCUGGUGUCUCCAAACAACCCGACAGGAGCUAUCUAUCCCCCAGCCUUGCUCGCCUCAUUCGCUAAACUGGCCCAUUCCCAUAAUCUCGCUCUGAUUCUCGAUGAAACGUACCGCGACUUCAUCCUCGACUCGUCACCGCAUGGUCUUUUCGCGGCACCGUCGAUGCCACCGUGGAGGGACUACCUUGUUCAUCUAUUCUCCUUUUCCAAGUCGUACGCCAUCCCCGGCUUCCGCCUCGGGAGCAUCGCAGCCAUCCCAGCCUUCCUCAAACACGCUGAGACGGCGUUAGACUGUCUCCAGAUAUGUCCGCCUCGAGUCCCCCAAAUCGCGCUGGCCACAAACGAUCUCCUCCCCGCUCUCCGACCCUCUAUACGAACCAAUUCACUCGCUAUAGCCGCUCGACAUGACUUGUUUCGGAGGUCGCUGCCCUCUACGUGGUUCAUCGGUUCACAGGGAGGGUAUUACGCUUUCGUCAGACAUCCGUUUGAUGGCGUGAAAUCGGAUGCCGUGUGUCAGCGAUUGGCAGAGGAGAUGGGUGUGGUGUCGCUCCCUGACAGGUUCUUCUCCAACUCGGAGGUGGGGGAGGUUGUAGAUGCGGGGAAAUGGAUAAGGUUCUCGGUGGCGAAUGUGGACGAUGAACAGAUUACCCGCAUAAUCAAGAGCUUACCCGUGUCCGAGAUAUACGCUGGGAUUGUCCAAAUCGAAAUGACUCUCCAGAUCGAAAUCUGUAGUCAAGGAUCCUUUUCAUCGGAGGGUCUGCUUAUGAAGAGGCCCGAAUCCUCGAAUUGCGCUGAGACUGGCUUCGAUGCCGCUACAGACACCGUCGAUCUUAGCAGUCAGACUACACUGUCGUGGUUAACUCGCAUCGUCGAUGCGAUGCGGCCGUUCGGCGCGAUUGAGCGCGAAAACGCGCUCCAAUCACGUACACUCCUUUCGGAAUUCCAACUGUUGGAUUAUAUAUUUGACGUGGCCUUCUCGACUCUCACUGCUGGCUCUCUGGUGUCUCGUACAUGGAGCACCAUCUGCCGACCGCAUGUAUUCCGUACGCUCUCUUUGUCCUGCCAGAACGCCGAUGCUCGGCUCUCCUAG